AUGCCGCGGGAAAUUAUAACGCUCCAGCUUGGACAGUGUGGAAAUCAGAUUGGGUUUGAGUUCUGGAAGCAGCUGUGUGCAGAGCAUGGCAUCAGCCCGGAGGGGAUUGUUGAGGAGUUUGCAACUGAAGGAACCGACAGAAAGGAUGUUUUCUUCUAUCAGGCUGAUGACGAGCACUACAUCCCCCGAGCAGUUCUCCUGGAUCUGGAGCCGAGGGUGAUCCACUCCAUCCUCAACUCUCCCUACGCAAACCUGUACAACCCGGAGAACAUCUACCUGUCUGAGCACGGUGGAGGCGCUGGGAACAACUGGGCCAGCGGAUAUUCACAGGGCAAAAAAAUCCAAGAGGACAUCUUUGAUAUCAUUGACCGCGAGGCAGAUGGCAGCGACAGUCUGGAGGGAUUUGUCCUGUGUCACUCCAUUGCUGGCGGAACGGGCUCGGGACUCGGAUCCUAUCUGCUGGAGAAACUCAAUGACAGGUACCCAAAGAAGCUGGUGCAGACGUACUCUGUAUUCCCAAACCAGGACGAGAUGAGUGACGUGGUCGUUCAGCCGUACAACUCGCUGCUCACGCUGAAGAGGCUCACACAGAACGCAGACUGCGUGGUGGUGCUGGAUAACACUGCUCUGAAUCGCAUCGCCACAGACAGGCUGCAUAUCCAGAACCCCUCGUUCUCCCAGAUCAAUCAGCUGGUUUCCACCAUCAUGUCUGCAAGCACAACCACUCUGCGAUACCCAGGCUAUAUGAACAAUGACCUUAUUGGCCUGAUUGCGUCCCUCAUCCCCACACCCCGCCUCCACUUCCUCAUGACUGGAUACACACCACUUACUACUGACCAGUCGGUUGCCAGUGUGAGGAAAACCACAGUGCUGGAUGUGAUGAGGAGGCUUCUGCAACCCAAGAACGUGAUGGUGUCCACAGGAAGAGAGAGGCAGCCGAGCCACUGCUACAUCGCCAUCCUCAACAUCAUCCAGGGAGAGGUCGAUCCCACACAGGUUCACAAAAGCCUCCAAAGGAUCCGGGAGCGUAAACUUGCCAGCUUUAUUCCCUGGGGCCCCGCCAGCAUCCAGGUGGCUUUGUCCAGGAAGUCUCCGUAUCUGCCCUCGGCCCACCGAGUCAGCGGCCUGAUGAUGGCCAACCACACAAGUAUCUCCUCUCUGUUUGAGCGGACGUGCCGGCAGUAUGACAAGCUGCGUAAGCGCGAAGCCUUCCUGGAGCAGUUCCGCAAAGAGGACAUAUUCAAGGACAACUUUGACGAGCUGGACAACUCUCGCGAAGUGGUGCAACAGCUGGUGGACGAGUACAGUGCAGCUACACGGCCUGACUACAUUUCCUGGGGAACGCAAGAUCAGUGAACAGACCUUUUGUCUUCUAACUCGACUUCAAACCAACCAGUCAGCAUUCAUGGUUGGCUAGUUUAUUCUAACUCAACUUAUGCCCUCCCCCCCUUUUCCACUUUUCCUCUAACACGCAGGUGACCCAAAAUAGACAGGUAUUUGGCUUUAGCUGUUUCUCUUAAAACAAUAUUUAUUGGCUUGUUCAUAGCAUGUAAUAGUUUUAGUGUGUUUGUGUCUCAAAAUUGAAAAGAGACUGAGGGAUGAGAGUUAACACCCCACUGUUCACCAAAAAGCAAAAAUGACAUUGGUUUUUUUGGACUGCGUCACAUCCUGGAGCGUCUCUAACACAGUUCAAAUAAAUCAAUCCUUACCUAAUAGUUCAGUAAAGUAAGAGUACUGAAAUAUGUGUUGUACAGAACAAUCUAUAAAUGUCUGUUAUAGUUAUUUCCUUUCUCCUGAACUCACCCUCCCCUCUCCUUUUUUCCAUCAAUGUAAGACAACCUGUUGCCUUGUUUUGGUCUAUUUUUAUACCAAGUACAGUACUUGUGCAGUUAAUUUACAGUAAAAACGUCCACCGCCUACGACAUGAUUGCCUUGAAUAAUACGAGUAUCUUUGACAGAAAGUGCCGUGUGAUGGUUAAUGCAGGUUUCUGAAAUGGUGCUUUUUACCGUCUGUCUGCUGCUGAUACACACCGCUCAUUUGUUUCCACUGUACAUGACCAACAAGAAUGUCAAGUUAAAGUUGGGCUUUAGCCAAAAAAUGAUGUUAAUAAAACACCUGCCAUACACACCCACAGUAGUCACCUACAAUAGAACAAGUUUGCACAGAUAAACACGGAUGGAUCUCAUUUUAACAUCUCUAUAGCUGUAAAUAAACUUUAAAGUAUAGCUAGUUUUCUGGCUUCCUCUGUAUUCUCUAAAAUGAAUAUACUGUCUAAUGUUGCUUUGCUUGUUGGACCUGUUUAAAAUGAUGAAUAAACACGUUUUCUAUUA